GCAGGAUUACCAUGGUAAAAUUCAAUAAAUUAAUAAAUAAUAAUAUUAAGUUGCUAUUAACAUUAUAAAUGUAAAUAUUGUACAGUUAAUAUGUAAUUUUUUUUCAGGCUAAAUGAUUUGACAUAUAGAUAUAACUUUGACCUAAUAUUCAACUGUUUAAAACAAUAUCGAUUUAUAUAUAAGAUAUCCAAAUUUAUGAAUAAGCCAAGGAAAACACUUUUUAAAAAGUUAUAUAUUAUCAUAGAGCAAAUCUAUACACAGGUUGGGAAUUUUUUCUAAUAGUUUAUAUUAAUUUUAACUGUUAAUAAAAAGAACAAAUUCUCAAUUAUAAAGAUUAUAGAUCUAAUAAAUAAUACAUUACAUCAAAAAGUCAAUACAUUUUAUAAUAAGCAAUGAAUGAAAGUAAUAAACUUCUUUUUAUUUAUGUUCUUAUUUGUAAUCAAAUUUUGUUUAUGUAUCUGUUUUUUUAGGAAAUGCGAUUAAUGAUAGCAUAUUCCAGUCAACUGACAAAUAGGAUGAUGUACAAGUGGAAGUCAAAUAUUGUGUACGACAUCAUGUGUUACUUAAAUUAUGAAAAUUCAAUCAAUUUUGAGCGACAAAAUAUAGAUAUUGAAGCUCAAUACAGAAGCAUUACAGAAACAAUAGAGAUUGCAGUAGAAAAACCGGAUAAUACAAGAAAUAAAAAUAUCAAAUUUUCGAUUGGAGAGAUUGUAAAGCAUUUAUCGCAACCUAAUUUCGCUCCUCCUAAAGAAAGCAUUUAUCACGAAGGCGUAAUAAUUGGAUGGCAUUCUAAAUGUGAUCCAAAUUUCCAAGCAAAAAUGAAGAAAACUCGUAUGUUUCCAUAUCUAUGCCAUCACUACCAAAAUCAUCUCAUCUGCACAUGUGCAUCUUGCAUAUGUUUCAAUUCAAAAUGUGUCAGUGACGAACAACCGCAUUACAUAAUUCUCACUGAAAAUGAUAAAAUAUGUUACGUAAGAGAAGGUAUGAGUAUUAAUAGCAUUCUUAUAAAUCACAUAUGUUUUAUGAUCUCUUAUCAUUUUUGUAAUGUAAAAUUUAUCUUUUUUAUUUUAGAUCAUAUAGAGAUAUGUUCACCAAAAAGAAUUAAUAAUAUAGAGAUAGGACGAUUUUUUUCUAGAUUCCAUGGUUUUUAUUACGAACCAAAUAAGAGCCUAGCAAACCGUUAUUGAACAGUACCAUUGCAUUUUGCGACGUACUUCUUAGUCAAUAAUCUUGCUGAUAUUGUCAUUGAAUUAAAUUUUAUAUUCAGAUAUUAUACUAGAAUUUAUAAAUGUUAUAUUGAUAUUAUCUUUUAAUUAGAUAAUUAAUAUGCAAGAAUUUAAAAAAAUUAUUGUAAAUAAAGAUUUCAAUGUUUUGUGAAUAAGAAAACUUUUUCUGAAACAUUUUUGUCUUUUAAGUCAAGAUUAUUAUAAUAAUUGAAAAUACUGUCAAUUUAAAAUUAAGAAUAUA